AUGUCUGAAGGACCCGAUAUCAUAGCCCGAGUGGCUACAUCGGGAGCUUUGGCCCCCAUACUUCACUCCGAGGUGGCCACUAUAGAAUAUAUCCGGAGUCAUACCUCCAUUCCCGUACCCCAUGUGUUGGCCUGUGGCUUUGAGGCCAACAACAAUCUCGGGCCUUACAUCCUCACCCAGAAGAUCGCUGGGACGCCACUGGAACCCAUAUUCACACUUCUCACCCCAUUCCAACGGAACGAAAUAAUCACCCAAGUAGCCAGAUGGAUGCUCGACGUCUUCUCCAUCCGCUUCCCCCAAAUCGGCAGUCUCGUACAGCAAGACGACGGUGAAAUCACUCUCGGGCCUGUCACGCGCCCCGUGUUCUACGUCGACGGACGCGCUCACCUCUCGCUCCACCGCGGCCCCUUCCCCACCGCCCGCGCCUACUUCCUCGCAUGCGCGCAACGGGAGCUCGAUUGCUCGCGCGUAAUGUUCGCGCAGGACACGUCGGCGGACUACCAGCGCGGCGUCGAGGACGUGCGGCUGCAGGUGGAGCGGACCGCGGGGCUGAUGUUCGAGCUCGUCAGCCGAUGUCGCGGGCUGGAUGAGGACGACCCGGACCUGGCGCCCUUCUCGUUGGAUCUGCACAGGUUGAGUCUGAAGAAUAUUCACGUGAAUCCGGAGGAACCUUCGAAGAUCGUGUGCCUCAGCGGAUGGCAGAGCAUAACCACUGCGCCGCUCUGGUCUUGCGCCCGCCUCCCUCUCUGGCUCCGCCCCUCCCUAUCGGGAGGCGGCGAGAAAGAGAGAACCGAACUUUGCAACAUCUUCAAGAGAGCAGUCACGCAGAUCGCCGGGCGCGACUCACUCUUCCUCAGACCGCUUGACCUCGACGAUACCAGGCACACCCUCGUCGAUCUGUCCGAAUACGAUGCCGUCAGAGACGGGUUCCUCAUCCUGCCGACCUUGGAGAGCAUACUCGCGACAUUACCCGGGCAGGAAGAUGUAGACGGCUUAUCUGCAUUGCUGGAUCCUUCGACCUUGGUAGGCAGGAUGGCCCGUAUCAACCUGGUCACUCGAGGGUCGAAUGCUAUGUUCCUCGCCAUGCCUCCUACUCCGGUGGAGGCAAAAGCUCCGCCAGGAUCCGGGGGCCCAACCACUCCUAGGGUGGAAAUCGCAACUUGA